AUGUCCUUAGCGACUCCCCAAGCUUUCGUUAAGGAUCCUAGCUUGGUUUGGCAGUUUUACUCGGCUCGAAGACAAGCAGCUUUCUCGGCGAAACCGAAUGCAGCCCACCUAGCUCUCGCCGCCCUCUCCGUCAAGCAUAAAGAUUUCAUCACAGUAACCCAGAAUGUCGACGGCCUCUCACCUCGUGCCGGACACCCACCGGAGCAACUCUACCCCGUACAUGGCUCGUUAUCGACCAUCAAGUGCACGAGCAUCUUUUGCAGCUAUACGGAGCAUAACAACUUCAAGAUGGCACUUACACCCGCCCUAGCUCCUUCGAGGACACCUACAGAUCUUGAUGCUCAGCCACCGACUAUUCCUCUUAUUGAACUUCCAUACUGUCCGAAAUGUGGUAUUGGGAUGAUGCGACCCGGUGUUGUCUGGUUCAACGAGACUCUCCCGAAUGACCUCCUUGAAAGUAUAGACGAUUGGAUAGACCAGGGACCAAUUGAUCUUUGUCUCGUCAUCGGUACUACCGGUCAGGUCUGGCCGGCUGCAGGUUAUAUUGAAAUCUGCAGAGGCAAAGGAGCUAAAGUCGCAGUUAUCAAUAUGGAGAUAGAUGAUAAUCCUCAUCUAGGCGGUGUCAAUUCUGCCGAGUGGCUGUUUAAGGGCGAUUGUGCUCAAAUACUUCCAGAUAUCCUCCAGCCGAUUAUCGGAUCCAUGGACGAAGUUAGAGAACUACUCGGUGAUACAGACAAAUUUCCUCCUACGACGUACUCUGGAGGACCGGUUACGGAUCUUGACAACAAUGACGAUAUAACAGGUGGAACUGGCGAGGGCACUGGGUACUACUAA